AUGAGCCCGUUCCUGUGGUUUCAGACCGUCAUCAAAGAGGGGGUGCUGAGCAAACAGAACAGCUCAUUCCAGCGAUCCAGAAGGAGGUACUUCAAGCUUCGCGGGCGAACGCUGUACUAUGCGAAGACGGCAAAGUCGAUCAUAUUUGACGAGGUGGACCUGACAGAUGCCAGCGUGGCUGAAUCCAGCACGAAAAACGUCAACAACAGUUUUACGGUCAUCACUCCAUGCAGGAAGCUCAUCUUAUGCGCCGAUAACAGAAAAGAAAUGGAAGAUUGGAUUGCAGCUCUGAAGACUGUCCAGAACAGGGAGCAUUUUGAGCCGACGCAGUACAGCAUGGACCACUUCUCAGGGAUGCACAACUGGUACGCCUGCUCGCACGCGAGGCCCACCUACUGCAACGUGUGCCGCGAGGCGCUGUCUGGGGUCACGUCGCACGGCCUGUCCUGUGAAGUGUGCAAGUUUAAGGCCCACAAGCGGUGUGCUGUGCGUGCAACCAGUAACUGCAAGUGGACCACACUGGCCUCCAUUGGGAAGGACAUCAUCGAGGACGAGGAUGGGGUCGCCAUGCCUCACCAGUGGCUGGAAGGAAACCUGCCUGUGAGCGCCAAGUGCACAGUGUGCGACAAGACCUGCGGCAGCGUGCUGCGCCUGCAGGACUGGCGCUGCCUCUGGUGCAAGGCCAUGGUGCACACGGCGUGUAAGGAAUCCUUACUGACCAGGUGCCCGCUGGGCCUGUGUAAAGUGUCAGUCAUCCCUCCCACGGCUCUCAACAGCAUCGACUCCGAUGGCUUCUGGAAGGCCACAUGUCCUCCAUCCUGCACAAGCCCCUUAUUGGUCUUUGUCAAUUCAAAAAGUGGGGACAACCAGGGCGUGAAGUUCCUCAGAAGGUUCAAGCAGCUGCUGAAUCCUGCCCAGGUCUUCGACCUCAUGAAUGGAGGCCCACACCUCGGCUUACGCUUAUUCCAGAAGUUUGAUACCUUUCGGAUUCUGGUGUGCGGUGGGGACGGCAGUGUCGGCUGGGUCCUCUCUGAAAUUGACAGCCUCAAUCUGCACAAACAGUGUCAGCUGGGAGUGUUGCCGCUCGGCACAGGGAACGACCUGGCUCGUGUGUUAGGCUGGGGCUCGGCCUGUGACGAUGACACCCAGCUCCCGCAGAUCCUGGAGAAGCUGGAAAGAGCCAGCACCAAGAUGCUGGACAGGUGGAGCGUCAUGGCCUAUGAGACCAAACCCCCCCGGCCGGCCUCCUCUUCCACCGUCGUCACCGAGGACUUCAGCGAGGGUUCCGAGGUACAGCAGAUUCUCUUCUAUGAAGACUCUGUCGCGGCCCAUCUUUCUAAAAUCCUGACCUCUGACCAGCACUCGGUGGUGAUAUCAUCGGCGAAGGUGCUCUGCGAGACGGUGAAGGACUUCGUGGCGCGAGUGGGCAAGGCCUAUGAGAAGACAGCUGAGGGCUCGGAGGAGUCAGAGGCCGUGGCCAAGAAGUGCUCUGUCCUGAAAGAGAAGCUGGAUUCCCUCCUCAAGACUUUGGACGACGAGUCGCAGGCCUUGUCCUCUCUGCCCACCCCACCGCCCACCAUUGCUGAGGAGGCGGAAGACGGAGACGGGCUGGGCAGCGGCUGUGGCUCCGCAGUGGACCGCUCGGUGGGGUCGGCGUGCCCAGCCCGGCCACAGAUAUUCCGGCCUCGGGAACAACUCAUGCUAAGAGCCAACAGCCUGAAGAAGGCGAUCCGUCAGAUCAUAGAACACACAGAAAAAGCUGUCGACGAGCAGAACGCCCAGACCCAAGAACAGGAGAGGCUUGUCUUGGGGCUCUCCGAGUCGGAGGGGAAGAAGGACCUGAAAUCGGAUGACAGACUGUGCCACAGCGGGAGCUGUGCGGCGGCCAAGUGCAGGAGCCUCCGCAAAGUGUCCAGAUCACCAUGUGAGAAGCUGAUAAGCAAAGGAAGUUUGUCACUGGGCAGUUCUGCGUCUCUUCCUCCCCAGUCAGGAAAUCGGGACGGCCUGCCAGCACUGAACACAAAGAUCCUGUUUCCAAACGUUCGGGCUGGGAUGUCCGGUUCCUUGCCUGGAGGAUCCGUCAUCAGUCGCUUAUUGAUUAAUGCUGAUCCCUUCAACUCCGAACCAGAAAACCUAGAGUACUACACAGAGAAGUGUGUCAUGAACAAUUACUUUGGCAUCGGCCUGGAUGCGAAGAUAUCCCUGGACUUCAACAACAAGCGUGACGAACACCCGGAGAAGUGCAGGAGUCGAACCAAGAACAUGAUGUGGUAUGGGGUUCUCGGAACCAAGGAGCUGCUGCACAGAACCUACAAGAACCUGGAGCAGAAGGUCCUGCUGGAGUGUGAUGGGCGGCCCAUCCCACUCCCCAGUCUCCAGGGAAUUGCUGUCCUCAACAUUCCCAGCUAUGCCGGAGGGACCAACUUCUGGGGGGGCACCAAAGAAGACGAUACUUUUGCAGCUCCCUCGUUCGAUGAUAAGAUCUUGGAGGUGGUGGCCGUGUUCGGCAGUAUGCAGAUGGCUGUCUCUCGGGUCAUUAAGCUGCAGCAUCACCGGAUUGCCCAGUGUCGCACAGUGAAGAUUUCCAUCCUGGGGGACGAGGGCGUGCCUGUGCAGGUGGACGGAGAGGCCUGGAUCCAGCCCCCGGGAUACAUUCGGAUCAUUCACAAGAACCGGGCGCAGAUGCUCACCAGAGACAGGGCAUUCGAGAGCACCCUGAAGUCCUGGGAGGACAAGCAGAAGUGCGAGCUGCCCCGCCCGCCGUCCUUCUCGCUGCACGCGGAGACCCUGUCCGAAGAGGAGGCCACACAGAUGGACCAGUUCGGGCAGGCGGCGGGAGCCCUCAUCCACAGCAUCCGGGAGAUCGCGCAGUCCCACCGGGACAUGGAGCAGGAGCUCGCCCACGCCGUCAACGCCAGCUCCAAGGCCAUGGACCGCGUGUACAACAAGCCCAGGACCGCUGAGGGGCUGACCGGCAGCGGUGUUCUGGACAUGGUCAACAACUUCAGGGCUCUGCGCAGCGAGACGGAGCUGCUGCUGGCCGGGAGGGUGGCCCUGCAGCUGGACCCCCCUCAGAAGGAGCGGCUGGGGGCCGCUCUCGCCGAGAUGGACCAGCAGCUCAGGAAGCUGGCAGAUGCUCCCUGGCUGUGCCAGCCCACGGAGCCCAGUGACGAAGAGAACGUGACACUGGAUCUUUCCAAACGCAGCCGCAGCGGGAAAUUCCGCCUGGUGACCAAGUUCAAGAAGGAGAAAAACAACAAGAACAGAGAAGCUCACGGCAGCCUGGGAGCCCCGGCUCAUCUUUGGGGCACGGAGGAGGUUGCCGCCUGGCUGGAGCACCUCAGUCUCUGUGAGUAUAAGGACAUCUUCACACGGCACGACAUCCGGGGCUCCGAGCUCCUGCACCUGGAGCGGAGGGACCUCAAGGACCUCGGCGUGACCAAGGUGGGUCACAUGAAGAGGAUCUUGUGUGGCAUCAAGGAGCUGAGCCGGAGUCCCCCAGCCGCCGAGGCCUAGCCUCGGCCCUCGCGGCCUGCGUCCUCCGCUCCUCCCGUGACUGAGGCUGGGGAGCGUGUGGCACGGCUCCUGUCCCUUCUCAUGGUGCUACUCCCUCUGCUCGCGACAGGAAGCCUCCCAGACGCCGUUCCGGGCCGCGGCGGGGUCUGGAGCACACCAACGCAGCUACCUGGGGACAUGCGCCUUUUCCGCCUGGCGUCAUGGGGGGACAAACUGUGCUGCCCUCGGCUCUCGCCGACACUGCAUUCCGGUGGGAACGGCCUGGCCGGGCUGCGCGGGACUGUCCUGUGGCUGCUGUCCGCGUGCUUCAACAGCACGUCGCGUGGCACCACCUCCCGGGCGCCCGGUCCGCAGCCGCUCCGUGGUUCGCCACAGCAGCCCCGCGAGGCCGCACACAGCUGAUGUCCCGUCUGUCAGGAAGGGCUUUCCCAAGGGCCCGCCCUGGCCUGGCUGCGGUGUGGGUGCCUUUCCUUUCCUGUCCACUUUAAUUUGAUGGAAGAGAAAGGAAAACUUGUUCCUCCUGAAUCCGGUCUGCAGGUCACCGUGUCCUUGGGCUGAUGAGCCCCCUCCCCAUUUGCCUCAGGUCCCUCCUGAGCUGGGGUGCUCUCUGGGCUGGGAGUGCCUGUGUCCACAUGAGUUUGAUUUUCUGUGGAGGGAAGUGUCCUGAGCACCAUCCAGUGGGACAAGCUGUUGCCAGGAGAGUGGCCCUGGUGGCAGUCUGAGGUCACUCCAAAGCCUGUGACCCUGUGGGUGGCCUCAUCUCAGACUCCCAGUCCCCAUGCCUCUGGAGUUGUCAGCGGCCCGUGCGGCUUGAGCCCGCAGCCCCCGGGCGCUCAUAGCUUAAUAGCUCUGACUUGCCACGUGCUUUGCAGGCUCCCCGCUGGUCCCCUGAUCACCACCAGGCCCCAUCUCUGGUCUGGGUGCUCCCACUGGUGGUCCUGGGUGCUGGGCUUGGGCCAAGGCCCUGCCCCAAGGCUCUACGACCCUCCCCGUGCCUGCUAUGGCGUGGCAGCGUUGGGGUUUGGGGCGAGAGCCCCACCUGCUCUGUACGUCCCCUGAGCCACCCCAUUGGAGGUGACACUGGGCAGUUGUGCAUUUUUCCCGCCCUGUGAAGGUGAAGAAAGAAUCCAAGCACCAAAAGUCACUCGAAAGUACAGAUCAUGGGGCAUGGGGACCCGUGCCAGCGGUCCCAAAGUUGGGGCUGCCCUGUCAGUUGAAGCGGGAAGCGCCUGGAAUCUGGGGUUCCCAGGCUCCUGGGCUGGACGGGCUGGACAGGCUAGACGUAGGGGGAGGCGAUGGGGGGUUGCGCAGGCAGCAGCACAGCCCCAAGCCAUCACGCCCUCCCCUUGGUGAAAGCUUGGGUUGGAAUCAAGCAUGGUGUUUAAUAUGUCGCCAGUGAUUAAAGCAACGCUGUUUUUGUUAAAGCCGUUUUCCUGAUUCUAGUAAGUUAGAAGUGAGAGGAACAGCCAUGAGUGUCGCAUGAAACUGUCGGUGAAGGGCCUGCAUCUCGUUCGUGGUGGCGUUUCUGUUGCUGCCCUGCCCGCCCUAAGACCCCUGCUGUGUGGAGGUCCCUCGGGCUCCCUGGGGUCUCAUGGUCCUGUCGGUGUGGAGGGAGGGAGGGAGGGGGGGUCCCUGAACAGUCUUGGAGUAAAGAUUUUGUGUCCUCGGGUGGGGCUUGCCCUCAUAUUUAUGAUCUUAAUUUAUACAGCACCCACCGUGGGAGCAAAUGCCUCCUGUAUUGCUAUGUACAUAGUCCACAUCCAGGGGUGUAAAUAAGUCGUUCUGUGUGUAAGUAAAACAAGCCUGUUUUUGACCCUC